AUGCUCUUCAUGAGGACGGUGCGCGACAUGAACCUCUCCAAGCUGGUCGCAGACGACGUCCCGCUCUUCCUGGCGCUGCUCCGGGACCUGUUCCCAAAGGUCACGGAUCCGCCCAAGAAGGUGUACGAGAACAUCGAGGACGGAACCAAGGCGGGCGCCGACGUCUGGAAUGUCGCGAGCCCGACCGAAGACGUCUGGAGCUCCAACGCGCGCCUCUGGCACGCCGACAUCCGCCGCGUCACCAGCUGCCAAGCGAAGGGGCGCGCGGACGGCGAGGGCGACACGGGCCGCACGGGGCGGCCGUGCGGCACCGGCGGCGCCCCUGCGCGGGCCCCCGGCGGGGGCGCGCCGCGGGAGGCGGGGCUGUCGCCGCGCAGCAAGUGCCUGGCAGAGGCCAUGCAGGGCAGGGGCGACGCCAGAAGGGCCAUGGAGGCCUGGGGCGCCGAGCUGGGCCUGGACGAGCGCGAGGUCCGAGCCGCGGAGCUGAUUGGCACCGGCAGCACCGCCAGGGUCUUCGCCGGCUCCUGGAAGGGCCACCAGGUGGCCGUGAAGCGGCUGGAAGCGGACUGCGAAUCGACGAACGUCCUCAUCAGGGAGCUGGGCGCGAUGUCGCGCACGCGGCACCCGAACGUGGUGCGCCUGGUCGGCUUCUGCUUCGGCGCGGGCACAAGCGACCUGGUGCUGGAGCUGUGUCGGGGCGGCUCCCUCUUCAGCCUGCUGUACAUGUCCGACGUGGAGGUGGUGCCAAGACAGCAGUUCAAGGUGGCCUGGGACGUCGCCGAGGGCAUGGCGUACCUGCACGGGCUCGCGGACCCCGUGCUCCACCGCGACCUGAAGUCGCUGAACGUGCUGCUCCGCCAGCCCGUGCGCUCCCCGACCGACGUGCCGCUCGCCAAGGUGGCGGACUUCGGCCUCGCCAAGGUCUGCGCCCGCGCGGGUGCCCCGCCGCGGGGCGGCCGGCGCGGCCCUGCGGGCCCCGCGGCGGGGCGCCGGAGCUCCUGCGGCGAGGCGGGCGCGCCCGGCGCAGGCAGCCCGCCGGAGGGGGGCGCGUACCUGGCCAGCUGCGGCCCGCUCAGCGGCGAGCUCGGCGCGAGCGCGAGCUGGUCGACGAGGUCGGCUGGCACGCUGCAGUGGAUGGCGCCAGAGGUCAUGGCCGGGCGACUACUCCCUCGAGGUCGACGUGUACGCCUACGGCAUGCUGCUCUACGAGCUCACGUGCUUCGAGCCCCCGUUCGCCGACGUGGAGCACGCGGAGGUCGCGCGCCUCGUCCUCGAGGGCGCCAGGCCCGAGAUCGACGAGGGCGCGAUGCCGGCGGCGCUCGAGAAGCUGACGAGGGCCUGCUGGUCGCAGGAUUCAAGCAGUGGCGAAGCUACUUGGUCGCGCAGGGGCGCUGGAUGCGAUCUGGCACAGCGUGUAGCCGCUGUCCAGGGGCUUCGCCGCCUGUCUCUAGGGAGGGCGCACCUGCCUGGUGCUUACGCUGCGCCAGGUGGUCCUGGUAG